AUGACGUCUGUUAAGGACUUCCCCAAGAUCAAGGCUGUAAGGUCAUUCAUCAUCGGUGGUGUUGGAUCAGGUGGUGAUUAUCAUAAUGUUAAGGGUGGCCACUGGCUCAUCGACAGCGAUAUCUCAACACCAGCUUCAAAAUGGGAGAAGUACAAAAAGUCACGUACUAGCUGGGGCAUCAACGUUCUCGGGUCAUUCCUUGUCGAGAUUGAAGCUACAGACGGCACAGUUGGUUUCGCAACUGGUUUUGGAGGCCCCCCCGCAUGCUGGCUUGUUCACGAGCACUUCGAGCGUUUCCUCAUCGGUGCCGACCCCCGCAACACCAACCUUCUUUUCGAGCAAAUGUACCGAGCCUCCAUGUUCUAUGGUCGUAAGGGUCUCCCUAUUGCCAUCAUCUCAGUUAUCGAUCUCGCCCUGUGGGAUUUGAUUGGAAAGGUGCGCAAUGAACCCGUGUACCGUCUCAUUGGUGGUGCUACCAAGGAGCGCCUCGACUUCUACUGCACUGGCCCUGAGCCUACAGCUGCCAAGUCCAUGGGUUUCUGGGGAGCCAAGGUUCCUCUGCCUUUCUGCCCUGACGAUGGCCAUGAGGGUCUGCGAAAGAACGUCGAGUUCUUGCGAAAGCACCGUGAAGCUGUUGGCCCCGAUUUCCCCAUCAUGGUUGACUGCUACAUGAGUCUUAACGUCACGUACACAAUCGAGCUUGUCAAGGCUUGUCUCGAUCUCAACAUCAACUGGUGGGAGGAAUGCCUGUCCCCUGAUGACACCGAUGGCUUUGCACUCAUCAAGCGGGCCCAUCCGACUGUCAAGUUCACAACUGGUGAGCACGAGUACUCACGAUAUGGUUUCCGUAAACUCGUUGAGGGCCGCAACCUCGAUAUCAUUCAGCCUGAUGUUAUGUGGCUUGGCGGUCUAACUGAACUUCUGAAGGUCGCUGCUUUGGCUGCCGCCUACGAUAUUCCGGUUGUUCCCCACGCGAGCGGACCUUACAGCUACCACUUCCAGAUCUCCCAGCCCAACACCCCCUUCCAGGAGUAUUUGGCCAACUCUCCCGACGGCCGCAGCGUGUUGCCUGUGUUUGGAGACCUCUUUACCGACGAGCCCAUCCCCACGAAGGGCUUCCUUACCACCGCUGACCUGGACAAGCCCGGUUUCGGCUUAACCAUCAACCCAGCUGCUAGAGCCAAGCUCAUCCCCAGUGAUUAUCUGUUCAAGGUGCCUCAAGUGCCAUCUCUGGCGCCUUCUAAGGAAAGUGAGAGUAAGUCAAGCGAGGAAUCCGGCAAACCCAACGGAACGAUUGAGGCUCUCACUGCCAAGGUCGAGAACCUUGCAACAUCAACUACUUCCUAA